GAUGCUACUGUAAAAAUAAGACUGAAAACCAGAGGCAGGAGGCUUAAGUCCAAAUCCUGAGAACACCUGAGAACUUCUGAAUCCAGGACUUUCACAUGGCUUUGAAACAAGAAUCAGAAUUUGAAAGGAAAGACAGAGCUGCCAGAGUCAUUCAGAAGGCCUGGAAAAGUUUCCUUAAUGUCGCUGUAUUCCAACACUUUAAACGUCUGAUUAACAUAAGAAGACAAGGGGAGCCACGUCAGAUAGUGAGAUAUAUUAAUCCUAAAGAGGCAGAACUUCUAGAUGCUGCUGCUGGUAUUAAUGUACGAUUCAGAUUAGGUGGUGUUAAAUUUCCACCUGCAAUAUACUAUAAAAUUUUCACUCACAGACAUAUUGAAGAUCUGUGUGCUAAUAGCCCUAGAGACUACACAAAACUUCCAGCAAAACAUACAUCUCAUAUUAAAAGUGAUGUUCUUCAGGAAGAGGAUUACAGUGGCUGGUAUCGUCGUAUAGAGAACAAUGGCUGGAGGCCUGUUUAUGAGACAUUUUGGAGUCCUACUGAAAAUGUGAUUGUGGGAGACAAAAAGGAAAGUGAAUUCCAUUUCUCCAAACUGAAGAGAAGGCAAGAUAUGGAAAAGAAAAGAAAAAUUAGAAAAAUAGAAUGGAUGCAGCAAAUGUACUACGCAGGAAACCUGGAGGCUAAGUCAACAAAUUAUGAAACUCUAGGUUUAAUUCAAACAGCAACAAAAGGCCUAUUAAGAACUAUUGAAGAUGGUGGAAUAGAUUCUGUGAUGGAAUGGGAAGUGGAUGAAGUGCUGAACUGGACAAACACACUCAACUUUGAUGAGUACAUUGCCAACUGGAAGGAAAUUGCUACAAGCAACUCUUCAGCUAACUUCAAAAGUUUUAGGUUUGAGCAAGCACAAGAAAAAAUAUAUGACUAUGAAGAUAUAUUGGAAGAGGAAAACAAAACACAAAAAGAUCCUUCAUUUGAAACUAUUUAUGAAAAGCCCCAUUUUACAAGACUAAAGCCUGAUUCCACUUAUAGAAUAUAAUUAUAUAAAAAUAUAUAGUUAUAAACUAUAAUUUCUGAGCUAUAACCCUUCAGCUCUGAUUCCAUCAGUUACAGUCAAGAGAUAGUUUAUUCUGGCUGGAAUGAAUUCUAUAUUCUUGACACAGAAUCUAACCCAACUAAGUAAGGAAUAUUAAACAGAAAUAGAACACCAGACUGAAUACAGUAGUCAUGGAAAAUGUAGAAAUUAAUCCUGUUAUUCUGAGAAAUUGAGAAUCUGUAGUCUAACAAUUACACUUAAAUAAAAAUAUUAUAUUUAGGUGCAAA